UGGAUUAUAUGAAGAUUUAGAAAAAUUUGCUGAUAUUAUAGAACAAUUAGGAAGAGCUUUUUGGGAGCAAUCGGAGAAACCUUCACUUAAGAAUUUCUUGAAUUUCCAUUUACUCGAAGGCGAUUUUGAACAAGAGAAAAUGGAGCACAGUCAGUACAAGGGUUAUACUGCCACUGUCUACUCUGCUGGUCGUGUGCUGGUAGUGGGAAAGGUUGCGUGCUUGUUGGUGAGCAGUAUCGUAAAUAGUAUAUUAGUAUCUGUACUCACCAACUACCCUGCUGGUCGCGUGCUGGCAGUGGGAAAGGUUGCGUGCUCACAUAGGAAAGGACCAGGUCCUAAAUUUGAGACUUGGUCCUGA